AUGUCUGUGGCCCCUACCUUCCCCGGCCCACCGCCCCCGCCGCCUCCCGCGCACUCCCGAAGCGGGCGCGCCCGCCGCCGAGCGCCUCCCGCGAUGGCAUGGAGACCCCCCGCCGCCCCUGUGCCGCCCGCUGCCGAGAGCCCCUCGUCCGCCCGCGACGGCGCCCAGAGGCCCGGGACCCCCGGCUGGCGCAAAUGCCUGCGGCCUCUGCGGGGCGCGCUGCCGCCCGACGUGGGGCGCGAGAUGGCGGAGCUGGAGGCGCUCGCGGGCCCAGUGUUCCUCGCGCAGCUGCUCAUCUUUCUCAUCAGCCUCGUCAGCUCCGUAUUCUGCGGACACCUGGGCAAGGUCGAGCUGGAUGCGGUUACACUUGCUGUCUCGGUUGUGAAUGUUGCCGGGGUUUCCGUUGGAACUGGCUUGGCCUCCGCUUGUGACACGCUCAUGUCUCAGAGUUUUUUGGCCAAGAACCUAAAACGUGUGGGGAUCGUCCUUCAGAGAAGCAUCCUCAUCCUGAUGCUGUGCUGCUUCCCGUGCCGGGCCCUCUUCCUCAACAUCGAGAGCCUCCUCCUGUUCCUGAAGCAAGACCCCGAGGUCUCCAGGAUAGCCCAGAUCUAUGUGAUGAUUUUAAUCCCUUCUCUUCCGGCCACAUUCCUGUUCCAGCUGCAGGCAAAAUAUUUACAAAAUCAGGGCAUCAUCAUGCCUCAAGUGGUUACCGGCAUUGCAGCGAACGUCCUCAACGUGGGCACGAAUGCCCUCCUGCUGUACGCCCUGGACUUCGGAGUGGUAGGAUCUGCCUGGGUGAACACCACUUUCCAGUUCUUCUUGUCUGCUCUUCUCUUCCUGUACGUGUGGUGGAAAAAAAUCCACGUCAACACCUGGGGAGGUUGGACCAGGGACUGUUUCCAGGAGUGGGACUCCUUCAUCCAGCUGGCCAUCCCCAGCAGGUUUAUGGUGUGCAUUGAGUGGUGGACCUUUGAAGUCGGAACCUUCCUUGCAGGAUUGAUGAGCAUGACAGAGCUUGGAGCCCAGGCCGUCAUUUAUGUACUGGCUUCUGCAGCCUACAUGGUGCCUCUAGGACUUGGCGUGGCAGCCAGCGUCCGGGUGGGCCGUGCCCUGGGGGCAGGGGAUGCCCAGCAGGCACGACACUCCUGUGCCACCGUCCUCCUGUGUGCAGGUGUUUGCGCACUUGUAACGGGUAUCUUACUUGCUGCUUUAAAGGAUGUGGUUGCCUAUGCAUUUACCAGUGACAAAGAUAUCGUGUCCCUUGUGAGCCAAGUGAUGCCCAUUUUUGCUCCCUUUCAUCUGUUUGAUGCACUUGAGGGUAUACUGGUUUUGGUCCUGAGAGGUGCAGGAAAACAGAUGGGUGCUUUCCUGAAUGCCAUUGGCUAUUAUGUUUUUGGUUUUCCCCUUGGAGCAUCUCUGAUGUUUGCUGCUAAUCAUGGGAUAAUAGCUCACGCCAGUACUGCACUGUUGGGAUUACUGUAG